AGUAAUAUAUUUAAUAUAGAAGGAAGUAAAAAUAAACAAAACACAUAUCAAAUCUAUAAAGACCCCAUGUAGUAUGAAAACAAAAUAACGCUCCUCUUUCCCUCUCUCUCUCUUAGCCACCUCUGCCGCCGCACCUUCCAGCCACCGGCCACCGCACUCCAGCUGGCGCCCUCAAAUCAUCAAUUUCAGGUUGAAAAUUAACGAAAAUGGGCUCAAACGUGUUUGGAACUCCAGUUACGACGGCAACCCUGAGAACGAUGCCUGAAUAUCAAGGCAAGAACUCGAUCACCCAGCAAGACCGAGCCAAGGUUGCACUAGAGAAGGUGAACGCCGAGGGCAAGGCUGUGGAUGCUCGAAACUCCGUGGAGAAGCUCCAGGCUCGAUUUGGGGGGGGGGGGGACGAUGUUGUGAGCACAAUGUGUCUGAUUUACAAUGCGACCGGUGACACAAUGACAUACGUGAUUGCUCGUGACUGGAAGGGACGUGUUUGCGAGUCUGCGUACCCAGUGAUCAUUGCGAAUGGGCAGUGGGGUGCGUUCUUGCAUGGUCAAUACUAUAACCAGGAAAAGAUGUCUAGAGUUGGCAUUGUUUACUCUGCUCUCAACAAUCAAGGCAAAGAACAACACUGGUUCAUGGGAUUUUCUAACAAUUAUUCGGGCCCCACAAACCAGGUGUAUACUGAAAUUCGCAAACCAGGGCACUAUGAGCAGGUAGAGAGUGUAGGAAUAUGGCAAGCUCUUGGUGACAAGGUGAGUAAUGGGAAAUUGGUGAACCAGGCCAACGAAGAAGGGGGGUACAUAAGUGGCUCCAUUGGCAACACUGCAAAACCCAUAUUCGAGGUGAUUAUGACUCUGCCUGAAGCUAAGUAAAUUGUGUAUGCUUCACUAUGGCAUAUCACAUCAUCACCUAAGUAAUGACUAUGGAAUAUUAUCAUGUAUGUAACUAGUUUUGGGCCAAUGCCCUUGUAAACUCUCAGCUGACGAUGCAUCCUUGAAGCUUUGGAAUC